AUGGCCUGCGGAGCAAUUUUGAGAAGGAAGCUUUUCUUGAAAUAUACAAGUAGUGCUGCUGGCUUCACCGGACUUGUGUCCAAGAAUUCGAGAAACACAAGUCAUUAUGCUUCUUCUGCAAAUACUACUACUACUGCACAACAACAGACUUCUAGCUCCAGUAACCCUUUUGUAGCUAUUCCUCGCGCUUUCAACACUGUCAUACAUAUGACCAGGAUUAAAAAUGAUGACAAAUUGAUCCAAUCGAAAGGCGUGGAGGCACUGUUGGAAGCUGAAGUUCAUAAAGCUUGUAGAGAGCGAGGAAUCCAUGUGGCGGAAGAAAUGCAGCAACAGAUUGGAGUAUGUAGACCUGUCUCCGAUGAGGAAAUUCUCCGCUUUGCUAAGUUGUUCCACGAUGAACAUACUUUGGAUCACAUUAGCAGGCCUGUCAUGGAGAAUAUGUGCAAGUUGAUGGGAAGCACAACAUUUGGAACAGAUAAAUAUAUGCGUUUUCUACUUUCGGAAAAAUUGAAAUCGUCUCCCAUCAGAUUGCAGAGACGUGGGUUUGCUGACGUUCCUUUGCAAGGGUCAAGAACGAAAGAUUUGGGAGCACUGACUGGGAAAUUAUCAGAGUUAAAGAAUUAUCCACCGCCUUAUCCCAAAUUCAUGUUUCCGAGUGUAUAUGUGCCCCGAGGCGGCGUACCUGUUUAUGAGACCGUGAGCUUUGAAUUUCCGGCUCAGCUAGGUCCGAUGGUCUAUGACUUGAGGAUGGACGUUUGGCCCUAUCCCUUCUAUUGGAUGCUUCACGGGAUUUGGCCAGCCUACAUAUCAGGAGAUUGGCUGGUGCAUUAUAGAUUAGAGGAGCUUUGUAGUUCCGAGAUGCAUCUGAUGAAGGAAGAAGUCAAACAGGAGAUAAUGAAAUUGGAUCACCAGACUAAGGAAAUUCUCCAUGAAGUUUGGCAAAGUUUUGAUGAUCAUUACGAGGAUCUUCGGGAACAGGAUAUGGAGUUUUGGGCAUAUCAAAAAGUUAUUCACUGUUGGGAUCUGCUGGUGGACUGUCCCAAAGGACAUUAUUUCCAUAUGAGUGCAGAAUUGGGGAAGCAUGUGAGGCAAAUACUGAUAAAUUGGACAAUGAAGACCUUGAGUUCUCCAAAUAGAGUCUUCACCUCAGAAUAUAUCCGCAAACAAAUGAGGAUUUUAUUUGGAGUUACUGUGUACGUGGUAGUGAAGGCUGACGACGACAUGAUUUAUGAUCCCAAAUCCACCAAAAUUCCAUUCUUCUACGGUCUUGGAUUCAUGGUAGCUCGAGAUCCAACUCGGCAAUUCCUGUUCAAAUUUUAUGACCACCCAAGCGGAUUGACUAAGGUACCGCAGGGGUUUCUUUAUUAUUUGGCCUAAGCAAUUAGGAUGUCUUUUAGGAAAUUUUCUUUUGAUAAGAACAAAGAUUCAUGUUUAACCUAUGUAAUUUUUAAGAAAUUUCCUUUUGACAUUAUUUGUUAGGCGUUCCCAACUUUGUAGUUUCUACAUCUUAUGUUCUGUUGUGAAAACUAUUCUGGGAUUAUCUUUAAUGUUGAAUUAGAAUGGUGUUUAUUUUAUAUCUUUAAUGAUGA